CAAAUAAAAUGAUUUCAUUCAUUUCAACAGUAAGUGUCGUGGGAAACUCUCGUGUCUUUGUUUCUUUUAUUGUUUAUUGAAUCUCUCGUCGAUACAAUGAGAUCGCUCGGACUCAUAUACUUGCUAUUUUUUUGCGGUCUUCAUGCCGCGUCUGCAGCAGAUGUGACCACCGAGCUAAGCACGCUCAUGAAGAGAAUAAUAUGGAUCAACCGAAAUGGGUCGCACAACAUCGAAUUCAAUUCUGAUGUCAUUCUCAACACGCCUGAGAUUAUAACAAAGGCGGGUUAUCCGGCGGAGGCUCACGUUGUAAUGACGGAGGACGGUUACCUUUUGACGUUACAUCGUAUACCAGGUGGCAACGAUUCUCUACCUGUAUUACUGCAACACGGCAUUCUAGGCAGCUCCGCCGAUUGGGUUAUUCUUGGCAAAGGCAAAGCACUUGCUUAUCUAUUAGCGGAUCAAGGAUACGAUGUUUGGUUGGGCAAUUUUCGUGGUAAUACUUAUUCUAAGACGCAUGUUUCCCUAUCUCCGUCGAACUCAACAUUUUGGGAUUUUAGCUUUAACGAACUGGGCAUUUACGAUUUACCUGCGAUGAUUACAUUUAUCAUGAAUAAGAGAUCGCAACCAUUGCAUACGUACAUUGGUCAUUCAAUGGGCACAACAACUUUUUAUGUAAUGUCAUCGGAGCGUCCGGAAAUCACUCAAAUGGUGAAAAUAAUGAUCAGCCUCGCGCCAACUGCUUUCAUAAAUCAUCUGAAAAGUCCGAUACGAUACUUGGUCCCUUUUUGGAAAAUGUUUCAGAAAAUGAUGCAAUUCUUCUUUCACGGUGAAUUUUUGCGAAGCGAUUUUGUGAGAUUUUUCACGAAAUACGGCUGCGGCCGAGGUUUCUCCAAAAAGAUUUGCUCCCACGCGAUGUUUCUGAUAUUCGGUUACGACAAAGAGCAGUUUAAUAACACUCUGCAACCUGUCAUCUUGAGUCAUGAUCCCGCUGGCACCUCGGCUAAGACAUUGACGCACUAUAUUCAGAUGAUCCAAUCGAGCAAGUUUUGUCAAUACGAUUACGGUCGUAAGAAAAAUCAAUUGAUCUAUAAUUCGACGGAACCUCCAAACUACAAUCUAGCGAAUAUCAUGGUACCAGUGGCGUUGAUCUACUCCAAAAAUGAUUGGUUGAUCAGCAUAGAGGAUGUGAAGAAAUUGUACCAUUUGUUGCCCAAUGUAGUGGAUAUGUACGAAGUGCCGUGGUCCAGUUUUAAUCACAUAGACUUUUUAUGGGCCAACGAUGCACCAAAACUCGUUUACGAAAGAAUUCUCAAAAUCAUGAGAAAUGAGAAACCGAGUAAUCUUACAUCGAUGGAAUAAUAUUACGUCAUCAAUCAAUAUAAAAGAUUAAUGUUACGUGUUAGACAUGGAUGCAAUUAAUGGCUGCAAUCAUCACUUUGAUGAAACGUAAACUUUUAAUAUUUUAUUUAUAAUUAAUAAUUUUAUUUAUAAUUUUAUUAAUGCCAAAUUAGAACUAUAUAGACGUUUUUAAACAACUGUUCUAACAAAUAAUGAAUUGUUGCGAUAGAUCGUAAGAAUACAAAAAACAUAUAAAAAAAAAUAUAACAAAUAUACAUAAAUUGCAAUAUAUCAAUAUAAAAGAGAAAAGAGAUCUCUUAUAAUAUUUAAGUCGAUUUUGCAUUUAACGCACUAUGUACGCGCUUAUGUAUCGAUAUAUCUACAUGUACAAUAUUUAUGACAACAUAAAUAUAAAUUUAAAUACUAUAGUGAUCAAAUAUAA